UCUAUUUAUUGAACAAAUUCAAAUACAGCAGUAGCAGCAGCAGGUGGCCUGACAAUUGCCCGAUGAAAGCACUCAAUCCAGGACGUCCCUGAACCAAAGUGAGGUAAGAAAAACCAAAAACCCAUCUCAUUUCUUUCUCUCUCUCUCCUCCCAAUUCGCACUUCUCUCUCUCUCCAGCAGCUCCCACCCAAGAGCUACACCAGGAAAAUACACAAAUGGGCACUUCUCUCUGUUUCACCUUCUUCUUUCUCACUCUCUUCAUCAUCACAUUUACACAACUCCUCCCCAAAGCCAAUUCCGCCACCUACUGGGGAGACACACAGGCACUGAAGCAGUUCAAGAACGGACUCGAUCCCAACUCACUGAGUCCCGGCUCCUGCCUCGCCUCGUGGGACUUCAAUUUCGACCCCUGCGACAGCCUCUUCACCGAAAAGUUCACCUGCGGCUUCCGAUGCGACGCCGUGAUCUCCGGCUCGAGCCGGGUCACCGAACUCGCCCUCGACUCGGCUGGUUACUCCGGGUCACUCGCUUCCUCUUCUUGGAACCUCCCCUACCUCCAAACCCUAGACCUCUCCAACAACUACUUCUCCGGCUCGAUACCCGACUCGCUCUCGAACUUGACCCGGCUGAGCCGACUCAUUCUCUCGUUUAACUCGCUAUCCGGGCCAGUACCCGACUCUAUCGGGUCUUUAUCCGGGCUUCAAGAGCUUUACCUUGAUAAUAACAAGCUGGAGGGCACAAUGCCGUGGAGUGUCAACGGUCUGAAGAAUUUGGUAAGGCUCGGUGUCCAAGGGAACAAGCUCAGCGGCGAGCUUCCCGAUCUGGGUCAACUCGGUAGCCUUAAUCUCUUGGAUGCCAGCGAUAAUGCCAUCUCCGGCGAACUCCCGGCUACGCUUCCGGCGUCUCUUGUUGAAUUUAUCAUGCGGAAUAAUCAACUGGAAGGGAAUAUUCCGGCGAGUUUAACGAGUAUGGUGAAUUUGCAGGUAAUGGACCUGAGCCACAACAAGCUCGGCGGGUCAGUCCCAUCGGGUCUUUUCACCCACCCGUCUCUCGAGCAACUCACCCUCUCCUACAACCAAUUCGGGUCGGUUCAAGUACCCUACAACUGGGCCCAACAAAACCCACCACUCAUAGCCGUGGAUCUAAGCAACAACCAGCUCCAAGGACUGUUACCGGCCUUCAUGGGUUUAAUGCCCAAGCUCUCCUCCCUAUCCCUGGAGAACAACAGGUUCACGGGUAUGAUUCCGACCCAGUACGCCAUCCGGGCGGUUUUACCCGGCGCCGGGGUGUCGCAGUUCGAGAGGCUGUUGCUGGGUGGGAAUUACCUGUUCGGACCCAUACCAGGCCCGUUGAUGAAGGUGACGGAUCCGGGUUCGGUUACGGUCCAGUUGGGGAGGAACUGCUUGUACCGGUGUCCGGCGAGUUUUUUCUUUUGCGAGGGUGGCGAGCAGAAGUCGUCGGUGGAGUGUAGGAGGAUGUUUGGGCCAGUGAUUCCUUGAAAUGUGUGUUUGUGUGUUUGUGUGUGAAAUCUGGUCUGAAUCUGAUCAUCAUGGUGACUAUCCAUGCAUGUAUGUUUAGACUCUCUCAAUCCUCAUUUUUCUCUCUCUACAACUAGAA